UCCUGAUGGCCAACCAACUCUUCUUCCACCUGACCACGUACAGGAGUUAAGUCUGAGGUCUGUUGGUAUGCUUAAUGCCAUCCAAAGAUUCUUUGCCUAUCACAUGAUUGAGACAUACGGUUGUGACUACUCUACCAGCGGACUGACCUUUGAUACCCUUCGCUCCAAGAUCAAGUCUUUUCUCGAACUUCGGACAGCAGAUGGACCCAGACAUGAUACCUAUAUUCUGUAUUACAGUGGCCACUCACAUGGCACUGGUGAAUGGGCACUGGCAGGAGGUGAUGCUUUACGCCUUGACACGCUGUUGGAGUGGUGGAGAGAGGAGAAUGGCAGUUUUUGUUCUCGACUGAUCAUUGUCUUAGACUGUGAGAACUCUCAGCCUUGGGUUAAAGAAGUAAGAAAAGUAAAUGACCAGUAUGUUGCUGUGCAAGGAGCAGAAAUGGCCAGAAUUGUAGACAUCGAGGAAGCAGAUCCUCCUCAGCUUGGUGACUUCACCAGGCAGUGGGUUGAGUACAACUGUAACCCCGACAGCAACAUCAGCUGGUCAGAGAAGGGCCGUACGGUGAGAGCUGUGUAUGGUGUGUCAAAGCGCUGGAGUGACUACACUUUGCAUUUGCCAACGGGAAGUGAUGUUGCCAAGCACUGGAUGAUAUACUUCCCAUGCAUCACCUAUCCAUUAGUGCACUUGGUAAACUGGUUUUGUAGUCUCAAUCUGUUCUGGGUCUGUAAAACAUGCUUUAGGUGCUUAAAAAGACUGAAAAUGAGUUGGUUUCUUCCCACAGUGCUGGACACAGGACAGGGUUUCAAACUCGUCAAGUCCUAAUUAGCAACCAAAGAGAAAAUGAAGUGAAAGCUCUGGGAACUUUCUCACUGUACCAUACUUAAACUUUUUAUAUGACUAUUUUUCUCUGAAAAAGUCUGCUACACUCACUUCAUUCAGCUCUUUGAGCAGCUGUACUAUAUGCAACAGUUAGAAACUGCAAUCUUAAGAGGGUAGGACUAUGAUAUUUUGAGUUUUGUUACUGGUCUGUAUGUACAUAUGUAAGA